CAGAAAUCCUUGCGACGGCCCAAUAUUUACAUCACUUCCACAACAAUCUUGGCUGCUGCUGCUGCUGAACAUUUAGCUAGUAGUAGUUAGCACCUCACGAUUUUGCUACACACGUACAACAGUUGUAAAUGAACAGAGCUGCUAAUGGGGAAGAGGAAAGACAUGAUGAUCCAUCCACGGUACCUUAUAGGAGACCGGGAUGAGGUUGGGGUAUAUAAUGCCCAUCGGAAGAAGCACAAGAAGCACAAGAAGCACAAGAAGAAGCAUCACCGUGAGGAGAGCUACUCACCUGACGAAUCGGACUCUGGUCUGCCCAUAAUCAUCAAACCCCCACAACUCAAGCUGAAGAUUAAGCUGGGAGGACAAACACUUGGCACUAAAAGUGUGCCAACCUUCAGUGUGGUAUCGGAAGCCCCUCGUUCUCCUUCUCCUCUGAUGAUUGUUGAUGAUGACGGAGACGACGAUGAUGACGAUGAUGAUGAUGACGACGAAGACGACGAUGAUGAACCUUCAGAGGGAGUCCCCAUUGAGCAGUACAGAGCCUGGUUAGAUGAGGACAGUAACCUGGAGCCUUCAUCUCUAGGCGAACUGGACGCGAGCUCCCUGCUUGGGCCCGUGGACGAAGAGGAGCGCUGGCUGGAUGCUCUGGAGAAAGGGGAGCUGGAUGACAACGGAGAGCUCAAGAAGGAGAUCGACGAGUCGCUGCUCACAGCCCGACAGAAAGCGCUGCUGCACAAGCAACAGAGCCAGCCCCUGCUGGAGCUGCCCAUCGGCCUGCAGGUGAAGGAGCCCACGGCGGAGAUGCUGCGCAAGCGCGAGGAGCGCGCUCGCCAGCGCCGCCUGCAGGCCGCCCGCAAGGCGGAGGAGAGCAAGAACCAGACCAUCGAGCGGCUGACCAAGACCAGCAACAAGGCCAAGGUGCGCAGCGGCGUCCGCUGCGACCGCGAGCGCCGCGGCAAGCACCACGGUGUCCACGCCCAGGUGCCCACCGUGCGCUACCGCAGCUCGGCCGGCCACGGCGCCAGCAUCUCGUUCCCCGCCGGCGUGCCGGCGCCCGAGCCCGCACCCCCGAGGCCGGCGCCGCCACCGAGGCCCAGCUGCGGGGUGGACGGGUGUCCGAACCCCAAGAGGUACGCGUGCUCCAGGACGGGCGUGCCGCUGUGCAGCCUCGAGUGCUACAAGAGGAACUUGCAGAUCCAGAUGCCGCAGAUGGUGGCUUAGAACGCGCGUGAGAGUCAGAGUGAAUUGUGUGAGUUGAAGUGUGUGUGUGUGUGUGUGUGUGUGUGCGCGAGCGUGCGAGGGAGUGUGUUUCAAUUUGCAAUGAGCGACCUGAUAAGUGUGUGUGAGUGUGUGAGUACAGGUGUGUUGAGAGUGAACCAGUAACCUGAAACGUGUGACCAAACAAGCCGUUGGUCUGAUGGGUGUGUGUGUGUGUGUGUGUGUAUGUGAAUGAAAUGAUUAAGAGUGUGUAUUACCCCAGAAGUACACUGUUAUCCUGGAGACGUCAUCUGUGUGUGUGUGUGUGUGUGUGUGUGUGUGUGUGUGUGUGUGUGUAUGUGUGUGUGUGUGUGUGUAGGUAGACAGAGAGUCUGCUAUAUAUGUCUAUACCUGUACUCUGAACCAGAGUGCAAAUCCCAGAGUCCCCUUAUUUAUGGCUGUGCUGUGGCAUUUUAGGCCAUGGUGUUUUUUCUUAAUUGUCAUCCUGGCAACACAAUUAUGUAUGAGAUGUAAUUCAUUUGUUGUUUUGGCAUUUAACCAGGUAGGCAAACCAUAUAUUUAUUUUCAGUAUUGAGAUGCAGUGGGAGAUUUUUUGGCAAAAAAUCUCAAGAGAUAAGUCACAAAAAUAAAAUUAUUUUUGUAAAAAAAGAGUGAAAUAAAGAACCUGUUU